AGGCUAAGCCAUGACUUCAGGAUCUGGGCAUGUGGACUCCAAGGCUGAGCUCACUGCUUUGCUUGAGCAAUGGGAGAAAGAACAUGGCAGUGGGCAAGACAUGGUCCCUAUUCUCACCAGAAUGUCCGAGCUGAUUGAGAAAGAGACUGAAGAGUACCGCAAAGGGGAUCCAGACCCAUUUGAUGACCGACACCCAGGUCGAGCGGACCCAGAGUGCAUGCUUGGUCACUUACUGAGGAUACUUUUCAAGAAUGAUGAUUUCAUGAAUGCGCUAGUGAAUGCUUAUGUGAUGACAAGCAGAGAACCUCCGUUAAACACUGCUGCCUGUCGACUUCUUCUGGAUAUCAUGCCGGGACUGGAAACUGCUGUUGUCUUUCAGGAAAAGGAGGGCAUAGUUGAAAAUCUCUUUAAGUGGGCGCGAGAGGCUGAUCAGCCGCUACGGACAUAUGCAACGGGGCUGUUAGGAGGAGCUAUGGAAAACCAAGAUAUCGCUGCAAACUAUAGGGACGAGAACUCGCAAUUGGUGGCUUUGGUGCUUCGACGGCUGCGAGAGUUACAGGUUACUGAAAUGACUACGAAACAAGAAAACAAGCGUCCCAGUCCUCGGAAAGUGCCAUCAGACCCUCUGCUACCUCUGGAUGAAGAGGCUGUGGAUAUGGAUUACGGGGAGAUGGCAGUAGAUGGAGAGCAAGAGGAAGUUUCGGGGGAUAUGGAGAUCUCCUUUCAUCUUGAUUCAAGUCACAAGACCAGUAGCAGGGUAAACUCUGCUAUAAAGCUAGAUGAAGGGGGACUGAGAAAAAGCAAAUCAGGGAAACAACAUGAAAGAGACGGCUUCCGGAAGGCCAAGCAAAAACUGGGCUUCUCGGCUUCAGAACCAGAGCGGAUGUUUGUUGAACUGUCCAACAGCAGCUGGUCAGAAAUGUCACCGUGGGUGAUUGGCACUAAUUAUACACUUUACCCUUUGACUCCCGCCAUAGAGCAGAGGCUAAUUCUUCAGUACCUGACUCCCUUAGGGGAGUACCAAGAGCUACUACCCAUCUUUAUGCAACUGGGGUCAAGGGAGCUGAUGAUGUACUACAUCGAUUUGAAGCGAACCAAUGAUGUGCUGCUCACUUUUGAAGCCCUUAAGCACUUGGCAUCGUUGCUGCUGCACAACAAGUUUGCAACGGAGUUUGUUGCUCACGGAGGAGUGCAAAAGUUGCUGGAGAUCCCUCGUCCUUCCAUGGCAGCAACAGGGGUCUCCAUGUGUUUGUAUUAUUUGUCUUACAAUCAAGAUGCCAUGGAGAGGGUGUGCAUGCACCCCCAUAAUGUGCUUUCUGAUGUAGUAAAUUACACCUUAUGGCUAAUGGAGUGCUCCCAUGCCUCAGGCUGCUGCCAUGCUACCAUGUUCUUCUCCAUUUGCUUCUCCUUCCGUGCUGUCCUGGAGCUCUUUGACAGGCAUGAUGGCCUUCGGCGUCUGGUUAACCUGAUAAGCACUCUUGAGAUCUUAAACCUGGAAGACCAAGGAGCCCUCUUGAGUGACGAUGAGAUCUUUGCCAGUCGCCAGACUGGGAAACACACCUGCAUGGCCUUGCGUAGAUACUUCGAGGCGCACCUUGCUAUCAAACUCGAACAGGUGAAGCAGUCACUUCAGCGCACUGAGGGAGGCAUUCUGGUCCAUCCGCAGCCCCCCUACAAGGCCUGUUCAUAUACUCAUGAGCAGAUUGUGGAGAUGAUGGAGUUCCUCAUUGAGUAUGGCCCAGCACAGCUGUACUGGGAGCCAGCAGAGGUUUUCCUCAAGCUGUCUUGUGUCCAACUCAUGCUUCAGCUCAUUUCAAUAGCAUGCAACUGGAAGACAUACUAUGCAAGGAAUGACACAGUACGAUACGCUUUGGAUGUACUAGCCAUCCUGACUGUGGUUCCUAAAAUCCAGUUGCAGCUGGCAGAACCUGUGGAUGUGUUAGAUGAAGCUGGAUCUACUGUUUCCACUGUGG